AUGACGGACCCGAAGUUAUCGAAGAAGAAAGAUGACGAUGGUCGGUACCCCAUCCACUGGGCAGCUUCAUCAAACAACCUGGAAAUCGUCACAUUGCUAGCUAAUCAAGCGAGCUUCGAUCCCGAUGUGCAAGAUGAUAGCGGCUGGACCCCUCUCAUGAUCUCUGCCAGCGUUGCCGACAGCGAGGCGGUGCUCAGAGUUUUGAUUCAAAAGGGCGCAGAAGUUAACGAGAAAACGAUUGAAACUGACGACGCGAGUUAG